AUGGGACCUGCUCCUGGUCGCUUGUUGUUAAUCUCGUUUGAGACUCUUAGAGUGGCGCGAUGUCCUUUGCCUUUCUAUGGUCGCUCUCCUCCUCAGCUGUUCUCAACCCCAGCUUGGCUUCCUUCAGCUUCUCCGGCCGGGAGGCCGGGCAGCGCAGCCCGGAGCCCCGGCAGACGCAGGGGCCGGUCGGGGCUGCCCGGCGCAGCUGCUGCGGGCCCGAGCAGCCGGGACGAGCCGUGCAGAAGGGACCCGGAGCGGAAAGGAAGGAUAGGACACACAGCCGAGGAGCAGAUUGGAGCUGGGAAAGGAUCCGGAGCGGGAAGGGCGGAGAGCCGGGCGGGGUCGGGGGAGGGGGGCGGGCGGCGCACACACACAGAGACACAUCCCGUGCCUCCGCCUGCCGUGACAGUCGCCCGGAGCCCGGGGACCGCGUCCCGCCCACUGCCGCCGGCUCCCCGUGCCACCCUCCGCAGCCCCUUCUCGCCGCCGCCGGGCCGGGGCGGCAGCUCCGCCAGCCGCAUGCCCGGAGCGGAGCAGCAGCAGGACGGCGCAAGAAAAAAAAUGAAUUCUGAAAGCUCAGCCCUUACCAUGAGUAGCCCUGCUGUAAUAAACCAGUGUGCCAGAGGAGGAAUGGAACAAGAAAAAAUUUGGCCGAAACAGCAGCAACAGAAUAAUUUUUCCUUGUUUUCUUCCACCAAGGGCUGGAAUUUCAGAGGGAAAAAACGGAAACAGAGUACUCAAGAUGAAGAUACAAUCAGUAUCUGCAGCCUGGAUACAAGUGAGCCCAGUAACAAACGGGUCAAGCCUCUUUCCAGAGUGACAUCCCUGGCCAGCCUCAUCCCCCCUGUGCGAGCCACCCCGCUGAAGCGCUUCAGCCAGACUCUGCAGCGCUCCAUCAGUUUCCGCAGCGAGAGUCGCCCCGACCUGUUCAGCCCGCGGCCAUGGACUCGCAAUGUGCCCCCUGCUAACACCAAGAGGAGAGACAGCAAACUCUGGAGUGAGACCUUCGAUGUCUGUGUCAACCACAUGCUUACAUCCAAGGAAAUCAAGAGGCAAGAGGCUAUCUUUGAACUUUCCCAGGGAGAAGAAGACCUGAUAGAAGACCUGAAGUUGGCAAAAAAGGCUUAUCAUGACCCAAUGCUUAAGCUUUCCAUAAUGACAGAGCAAGAGUUGAACCAAAUUUUUGGAACACUGGACUCUCUAAUUCCUCUGCAUGAAGAUCUUCUUAGGCGACUUCAAGAAGUCAGGAAACCUGAUGGAUCAACAGAUCAUGUUGGCCACAUCCUCGUGGGUUGGCUGCCAUGCCUGAACUCCUAUGACAGCUACUGCAGCAAUCAAGUAGCAGCCAAAGCUUUAUUGGACCACAAGAAACAAGAUCACAGAGUGCAAGAUUUCCUGCAGCGCUGCUUGGAGUCUCCCUUCAGCCGCAAGCUGGACCUGUGGAAUUUCCUUGACAUCCCCAGAAGCCGUUUGGUUAAAUACCCACUACUGCUCAGAGAAAUUUUAAGACACACACCAAAUGAUCACCCAGAUCAACAGCAUCUGGAAGAAGCUAUAAAUAUAAUUCAGGGCAUUGUGGCUGAAAUCAACAUAAAGACUGGUGAAUCUGAAUGCCAGUAUUACAAAGAGAGACUUAUUUAUCUUGAAGAAGGCCAAAGGGAUUCAUUGAUUGAUAAUUCACGUGCUGUGUGUUGUCAUGGGGAGCUGAAGAACAACAGGGGAGUGAAACUGCAUGUCUUCCUAUUUGAAGAGGUGCUGGUGAUCACUCGGGCGGUGACCCACAACGAGCAGCUGUGCUACCAGCUGUACCGGCAGCCGAUUCCCGUCAGGGAGCUGCUGCUGGAGGACCUGCAGGACGGAGAGGUGCGCCUGGGCGGAUCCCUACGCGGAGCGUUCAGCAACAACGAGAGAAUCAAAAACUUCUUUAGAGUCAGCUUCAAAAAUGGAUCCCAAAGUCAGACUCACUCUCUCCAAGCCAAUGACUCCUUCAACAAGCAGCAGUGGCUCAACUGCAUCCGGCAGGCCAAGGAGAAGGCUGCGUGUGCAGGCACGGCAGGCGGGCUGGAGGCACCUUUCCUUGUGUCACCCCACGGCCGCAGAGGGCCCCAGGGAGAGGCGCUGGAGCAGAUGGAGCAGUCGGACUGUGAGUCAGACUGCAGCAUGGACACCAGCGAGCUCAGCGCCGACUGCGAGCGCAUGGAGCAGACGAACUCUUGUGAGAGCCAAAAGCAAAUAGAAACCAAUGUUUGACAAAAACAUACAGCUCAUGGAAGAAAAUCUGUCUCUUACCUGUACAGUAUUUGCAUUCCAUACAUGGAACCAUUUGGAGAAGCACUUUUAGAAUAUUUUUUGUGACAAUGUCAAUGCAGUUCUUGUAUUUUGUACCUGUGAGUGUUGUACUGUAUAAGUCCAUCUGUAUAAGCUGGAAUCUCUUGCAACUCAUGUCCUGUGAUUAUAUUCCAUAAACACCCAAGGUGGAUGAAAGAGGCUUUGUAAUUUAUUUCAACUGCUUCGUUUUUAGAGUUGAAUGAGUGAAGAUGAAAGGAAAAAUCUGCAAAAGAAAAGGCAUAGGGAAGUUGUUAAGCAAAAAUGUUGAAAAAGAGCAAAAAGCAUGUAAAAUGUUCAGAUGGAGAAGAAAGAAUGAAUGUGUGUAUUGACUUUUUUUUUUUAAUAAUGGCCUUAAACUUUUCUGGAAGCAUUUCAAAUAAAUUACAUUAAUCCACUUUGAUUUUUA